UAUGCUUAAUGUUUGUUCGUUUUAGAGCCAUGUUUCAAAGCACUACCAAGAAAAUUGUGAGCGAGAUUGACCCUGACGGCUUCACGCUGUUUCCUGUGAAAAGCCCAUAUGAUUCUCAAAACUGCAAGCCACUUCACCUACUCCUCAACAAGAAGAAACAACUAUUUUCCAGCAGAAAAAAUUAUGUUCCCACUCCCUUCACACUGACUGAUAUAUUGAUUGAUGGCCAAGAUUUAGAUUUUGGAUUGAGUAGCUCUAUCAUUGCCUGCUUCUCUGAGUCUUCCAGCGCCUCGCUCAGUGCCCAAGCGGGUGUGGAUGCCGGCUAUGUUGAUGUAGGAGCGCACGUCUCAGGAAAUUCCUCAGACACCAUGUCAAGUGUGGAAAUGCGAAAGCACACAAUCUCUGAACGCACGCUGCUGGAUGUUGUCAAAGACAGGAAAGUGAACAGAGAACAUCCGUUUGUGAAACAGAUGAAGAAUAAUAUGCUUUAUGUGAUACUGGAAGUGAUAGAGACGGAACACGCAUGUUCUGUAAACAACUCAGCUAAGGCUGAAACAGGAAUGAAAGUUCUAAUGGAACUUCUGAAGACUGAAGCUGAUCUCAGCGUGAGUAAAGAAAGGAAGUUAACUUUUCCAGCUGGAACAUCUAUUGCGUACAAGGUCUCUCAACUGAUGAUUAGUCCAAGUGAUACUCUGGGAUUUGGCCGGAAACCCCGACUUGCUGCUUCACUUGCUGAGCUGACGAAAAUGUGUGCGGACAAGAAGCCACUGUUCCUCAACGUGAUCCUUGAAAUUCUUGGGCACAGUGAUAGCCUUGCAGUUCUUGAUGAAAUGCUGGAACAAAGUUUGGAUGAUCUGCAGCCUGACUUCCAAGUGCUGGAUCAGGCGGAGGAAGAUAACAGAGCAUGUGUGGAGAAGAUGUUGGAUCUGUUGGGAAUUAAGAAGGAAAAUCCACCAGGAAAAACUCUCGCUCUCACCGCAGAGUCCGAAGGGAUCAUCCGGGCGAUAAACAUUCUCAUCCAGUCACUCAGCGAGAUGGAUCCUAAAACUUUAAUCCUAUUGGCAAGCAGUGUUAAGGCAGAGAUUAUAUCCAAACAGCUAAAGCUGGUGACAAUAUUUGAUGACAAAUGGUUGGGGGCUGCUCAAUAUCAAUGUGACCUCCUGGAGGUUAAGGAAGAUCCUGAGAAGGUUCUGAUCACUCAGCUAACUGACGAGGAGUUUGAAAUAACUCAGCAUCUGCUGGAAGAGUUUGGAUUUCAACUGGGCAGAGGGAGUGCUUCGGCUUUGCGCUUUAUGAACCGUAAACAAGGAGACAUACUUGCCCUCUUUGCUGCUCUGUACGCACUCAAUGCGUUAUGUGACUGAGCUGUUGUGUUGUGCUUCACACCCACUGUUCAUGGUUCUUCUCUGUCAUUAGUUCAUAAGGCGUUGGAGCAGAAUUAGGCCAUUCAGCCCAUUGAGUCAACUCCAUUCUCCUUCCAUCUCCCCACAACCUUAGCCCUUGCUAAUCCAGAAUCUGUCAAUCUCCACUUUAAAAUUAGCCAAAGACUUAGCCUCCACAGCCGUCUGUGGCAAUGAAUUCGAUAAAUUCUUCACUCUUUGGCUAAAGACGUUCCUCCUCAUUUCCAUUCUAAUGACAGGUCUCUCUCAAGGCCCACGGGGUGGCUGCCUGUGCACCCCCAGUCUCCCCAUGUUAAAAGAUGUCACACACGGGUAUGUAUCUGAAGAAAUACACUACCCUUACUAAUCAAGAACCUGGCAAUCUCUGCAUUAAAAAUACACAAAGACUUGGGCGGCACACACCCAAAUACGUACAGGUUUGUAGGUUAAUUGGCUUUGUAUAAAUGUAACUUGUCCCAAGUGUGUAUAGGAUAGUGUUAAUGUGUGGGGGUCGCUGGUUGGUGCAGAGUCGGUGGGCCGAAGGGCCUGUUUCUGUGCUGUAUCUCUAAACUAAAAAUACUAAACUUGGUCUCCACCGCCGUCCGUGGCCAUGCAUUCCACAGAUUCACCACCCUCUGAAUAAAGAAAUUCCUCCUCAUCUCCUUUCUAAAGGUAUGUCCUUUUAUAUUGAGGGUGCCCGCUCUGAUCCAAGAUUCUUCCACUAGUGAAAACAUCCUCUCCACAUCCACUGUGUCCAGCACGGCUUUCCUUUCAGUUUUCUGUGACCUUAAUGGGAACGUUCUCCCUUGGUCUCUCUUUGGCUGUUUGUUGCUCAGUAAAACUCCAUGAAUCCGGCACACUCGGGAAUUUGGUGGUUUUUCAGAUUUAUUCCAAUACUCAUUCAAUUCAUAAAAAAAAAUGUUGUGCAUUCUCA